GACCAUGAAUAUUGACUUGAUAGACGAUGAUACGAGUGCCACAGCUUUUAAUACAGCGCAGCAUCGUUAAGCGUAAACCGAACACCACUUGCUCGUCUGUCAUAGGCUAAAUGAGAAGUAAACUACACCAGCAUAAAUUUACACCUCCAUGGGGGAAAGGUUUUGGAAAAAAACACAAAACCUGAAUUAGAAACCAAACCAAAAUAAUAGCCAAUUCAGCCUUUGUCAUGGGGGUACUUAAGGUGCAUAAGAAAAAAACCAUCUUGUUUCUCGUCUAUUUUUUGCUCGUGACUUUGAUAAUGCUGAGCUUGGCUAAUCAGAAAUGGACCAAAGAACUACAGCACUGCAACCAACCGAUGCCCAGCGCGUCAUUCCAUAGCGUAUCAGAAGUUCGCUUUCACACGGCCCCGCAGACGAAGAGAAAGCAGCUUGUAUAUGUACUAACCACUUGGCGCUCUGGGUCAUCUUUCUUCGGGGAGCUAUUCAACCAAAAUCCCGGCGUGUUCUUUAUGUACGAGCCUAUGUGGCACGUUUGGCAAAAGCUCUAUCCCACUGAUGCAGUAUCACUCCAAGGAGCCGCGAGAGACAUGCUUGGCGCACUCUUCAAAUGUGAUUUUUCAGUUUUCCAGCUAUAUAGAAGUUUUGCGGGGAAGAAUCUAACAACUCUUGAUCUGUUUGGUGCUAAUUUAAAUAAAGUUCUCUGUUCCUAUCCCCUCUGUUCAUCUUAUAGAAAAGAUGUGGUGGGUAUGGUUGAUAAAAACAUUUGUAAAAUGUGCCCUAUUCAAGACCUUAGUGUCCUAGAGAAAGAAUGCAGAAAAUACGACACUAUUGUGAUUAAGGGUGUCCGCAUUUUGGAUGUAAACAUUUUGGCUCCGCUGAUAGAGGAUCCCUCUCUUAAUCUGAAAAUAAUCCACCUGGUCCGUGACCCCCGAGCAGUGGCCAACUCCAGGAUCAAGUCCAAGCAUGGUAUGAUCCGGGAGAACCUUCAGGUAGUCCGCAGCAGGAACCAGAAGAGCCAUCGUAAUUUAUAUCUGGACCAGAGGAGAAGGGAUGACUUCUACUCUGUGGGUGCCAUGGAGGUGAUCUGUGAAUGCAUGUCCCACACCCUGAAGACGGUACUCAGCCCUCCCAACUGGUUCAAGGGCAAGUACAUGCUCGUGCGCUACGAGGACCUGGUGGAGAACCCGGUCCAGAUCCUGCACAACAUCUACCGCUUCAUCAACCUGACAACCAGCCGAGACAUCGAGUCCUUCGUCAUGAACAUGACAGGUGGCAGCAGCUUCCCCAGCAACAACUUCGACGUCUCGGCCAGGAAUGCCACACAUACAGCCACUGCCUGGAGGGCACUGCUUAGCUACAGCAAGAUCCAACAGGUGGAAGAGUACUGCCAGUAUGCAAUGUCCAUCCUUGGCUACCUGCCUGUUCCCUCUCCAGUGGAGUUGACAGAUCUGAGGUGGUCUCUGCUGACACUACCUAAGAUUUAAAACCCCUGCUGAAAGCACAACACUGGAAAGGCAUCACUGGUUUUGAAUCUCAUUUUGAGCACGAUACACUUUCUGAACAUGAGGUUGUGUGUAUUUAGUGAUUCUUGACAUGCCUCACAUAAGAACCUGGGUGUUUGUGUCAUACUGUACACAACAUUUAUGGGGAUGAGAUUGUUGUCACUGGAAACCAUUUGACCAAAAAGGACUGAAAAAAACUUGUACCAUAUCUCCUGUACUAUUUAUACUAUGUCAAGAUAUUAACCCAAAACAAUGAGAUUACUUUGUAGGGAGUACAGCAUUGAUUGUUACUGUAAUGUGACAAGAGAAAUGCAGCAGUAAUUCAUUUGUAUUUUCUGUCUAUGACAGGCAUUGUCUAGUUACCUGAAGACUUUCAGUGUUCAUCAAAAGUUAUUUUAGGGGACAACAUGCUGACAAACUGCAUGUAAGUUAAAAAGAAUGUAACACUGGAACUUCUAAAGUGCAACUAGCUAAUGUUAGCUUGCAUUUAGACUGUUGCUGAAAUUAGUCGUUUUUUGACUCUUGACUCCUAUUUGAAAAUACUUCAUGAAAUACUGUCCUGUAGGGGAAAACUAGGGUUUUGAGGCCAAUUCUUGUUUCUGUAUGGAAAUGUGAAUUGAUUUCAGUUUGUUUUUGCAGGUGAUGAGUAUCUUAUUGAUAAAGUGCCUUUGUUUAGAAAUGUCAUGAGACAGAAACUGACAGUCUAAAGGACUAUUAAUAAAUUUAAUGCAACAAUUUGUGUGUUUCACAGUGGCCAAACAAAUCCAGUCAGACACUUGUGUGAUUAAAUAGACUUUUAAAAGUCAGUCCAACAGCAGUAUAGGCCUUUCAUUUGUGUCUAAAGAAAAAUCUGACAUUUUAAUAAGAAAUAACAUAACACAGCCAUAGAUAACAAGGGCUUUAAAAAA